AUGCGCCGACUCUUUGCAUAUCUUGUGCUGGUAGCAGACGUGUUACUGACAUCCGUCUUGGGUGUAGAGUCAUUCAAUGAAACACUUACGCUACGGCCCCUUGUUGGUGGCCGCGUACAUGCCGCAUUUACCUUCGAAUUGGCUAGCGAUGCAUCAUCCAUUCAUCACUUUAGUCUGCUUCCUAGACCCUUGCUCCAGCCUGUCGCAUCACUGGGCGUCCAGGAGCUCCGACUGGCGAUGAACAAGGGGCGUUGGAUGUAUGAAGAGUGGGGCUCUCCAGCUCCUGGCACGCUGGGGGAUGAUGGCGUGGCCAGUGGUGCUGAGGUUUGGGCCUCUAUAAACAAUGAUACCGAGAUGUGGCCGCGCUGGCGUGUGCUUACAUCGGCUCUGGCUUCCGUUUCAUGUGCAUCACUCGAUGGCAUCGACGAAACGACCACCAUCAUGCCCAACUACCCGUACUUUGGCACAAACAGUCCCGUGGUGCACGCAUAUUUGACGUCGGAAAGUGUGUGUACUGAAAACAUUUCCCCGCUCCUCAAACUCCUUCCAUGCAAGAGUGGUGCUGGCUUAGCAAGUCUAAUCAAACCGCAUUCUAUCCUUCAAGCCGAGUUUCACGGUGUGUCGCUUCAUGUACGUCAAAUCAACAGUGUAUGGCAUGUUACUAUACGUGUCCAUGUUGUGAAACGACCAUCACAGAGGCAAGAUACACAAUGGACAAUGCAUGACCUAUUUUCUGCACAUUUAGAGAAGACGUGCCCUGUUUCGACAUCUAGCCAAGUCCACGUCAGGAGUUCAACGGUGCCUGAGCCUGCCGUGCAAAGUGACGAGUCACUGCGCGAGGAGCAAGAGUGGACAUGGGACGACGAAGAAGAUGAAAAGCCGCUACCUUAUACGGUGCCCAUGUCCACUUACACAUAUGAUACGCGUGCUUAUCGUGACAAAGGCUUGAACGUGGCGUUCGUGUCUAAUGCUACGAGUCCUCUACUUCGGCCGCCGCCACUCCGUGCAUCCCGACAAGUGCUUGGUCAUGGCCAAGAAGACAACAAGGUACACCUUACAUUGCGGAAUGAUAUGCCUGCUGAAACGGUGCAUGUGAUGUACUACGAGCACCUUCCACCUACGGUGCUUCCGCUUCUGCACACACUGCAUAGUGACGCUCAGGUGGACGAUUACGAUGAAGCAGAUGACAUGGUACGGUUUAGAGACGAUGUGACUGAGCCCUUUGUCGUAAAUGCCACAUACAAGCCACCUAAAGUGCGCAAAAUUAUGGGAUUUAUGGAGCUCGAGCUUCGUGUUCCUGCCGCGAGUACACUGACUGUGACGUACACACUCAAGAAACACAUGCUGCAUUAUGACGAGCACAUUCCAGAUCCACAUCGGGGAAUGGACUUGCCGCCGGCCAUGUUUACGCCGCUUGGCGCGCACGGCACAUUAUGGUCUCAAGAGCAUAGGCACCUGCCUGUGUAUCAUGUGCAAGCGCCGCAUCUCUACACGACGCCCGGGCUUAUCGACAUGGUCUUACCCGAUUUUUCCAUGCCAUACAAUGUGAUUUUGUUCUACUCUACAUUCGUGGCCCUAUUUUUUGGUACGAUGCUGAAUCAUUUAUUGCGGCGAUACCGAGAUGUAUACGUUAAAUCUCGUAUGACUCAGUAA